UGGCGGACAGGCCUUAUAAACUUUGUGUAGCUCGCUCAGUGCUUUAUGUUCUCCUCCAUCCUGCACUAGCGAACAUUUAUAAGAUACAUAGGAAGCCAUAAUGCUGCCUCUAGCUGUUUUGGCAGUGUGCCUCACUGCAAGCCUCUCAUCUCCAAUUUUGGACCCACAACUAGAUGAUCACUGGAAUCUGUGGAAGAGCUGGCACAGUAAAAAGUACCAUGAGAAGGAGGAGGGAUGGAGGAGAAUGGUUUGGGAGAAAAACUUGAGAAAGAUCGAGCUGCACAACCUGGAGCACUCCUUGGGCACGCACUCUUACCGCCUGAGCAUGAACCACUUCGGAGACAUGACACACGAGGAGUUCAGGCAGCUCAUGAACGGUUACAAGCUCAAAGCACAGAGAAAGUUCAAGGGAUCGUUGUUCAUGGAGCCCAACUUCCUGGAGGCCCCUCGUUCCCUGGACUGGAGGGAUAAGGGAUACGUUACUCCCGUUAAGGACCAGGGUCAGUGCGGUUCCUGCUGGGCCUUCAGCACCACCGGAGCUCUGGAGGGUCAGCACUUCAGGAAGAGCGGCAAGCUGGUGUCCCUGAGCGAGCAGAACCUGGUGGACUGCUCCAGACCCGAGGGCAACGAGGGCUGCAACGGCGGUCUGAUGGACCAGGCCUUCCAGUACGUCAAGGACAACCAGGGCCUGGACUCUGAGGACUCCUACCCUUACCUGGGAACGGAUGACCAGCCAUGUCACUACGACCCCAACUACAACUCUGCCAACGACACCGGUUUCGUCGACGUCCCCAGCGGUAAGGAGCGCGCUCUGAUGAAGGCUGUGGCCGCUGUGGGACCCGUGUCCGUUGCCAUCGACGCCGGUCACGAGUCUUUCCAGUUCUACCAAUCAGGAAUCUACUACGAGAAGGACUGCAGCAGUGAGGAGCUGGACCAUGGCGUGCUGGUGGUGGGUUAUGGCUUCGAGGGAGAAGACGUGGACGGAAAGAAAUACUGGAUUGUCAAAAACAGCUGGAGUGAAAAGUGGGGAGACAAAGGCUACAUCUACAUGGCCAAAGACAGAAAGAACCACUGCGGCAUUGCAACAGCAGCCAGUUAUCCUUUGGUGUAACAGCCGCACAGCUCCGCCCUGCAGCACCGCUCUGCAGCACCAUAGUGUUUUUUUAUUGCAAUAGUUUGGCUGGAGAGGAUGGAGUAAAAGAAGCAGGAGAAAGCCUCAGUCACUGCGACUCAUUGACAGGAGAUUCUGCAAUGUUUUAUGGAGAAACACUGAUUUUAGGGAAAAUGGCGCCGUUUUUGUUCUGACUGGUUUUAUGCCACUUUUAUUUGUUUUUUUGUUUUUUUUAAGAUUUUAGUUUGGUGUUCAUUCUUUGUAAAUAUGUGUAUGCUACUUGGUGAGUAAAGCGUUUACAAAACGCUUCAUCAUUGUAAAUGAUUUUUUUUUCUAUUUUUACUGUGAUCAAUUAAAGUUGUGAAACACUA